AUGCGUCCCAUCCUCAUCCUGGCCGGUCUUUCUGCCGCAAUUGCAGCGACAGCGUCAAUCGCUGACCCAACACUCAGCAUCAACAGCAUUUCCUUCGCUACUCGGGCGUACUGGAUGCGUCGGGCGAAUGAAGCGUUAGCAGAGCUCAGCGGAUCAUCAUGUCCGUUUGCUGCAUUUGGAACAGUCAUUGUAAACCAUACGAACAGUAAUGGAUUAGGGGACCUGGUGUGCAUAGGUGUCAAUGAGAAUAGCCAGACUGGAAAUCCAUCCCUGCAUGGUGAAAUGGCUGCUAUCAAGAACUGUACCGCCGUUCUGACUGACCCGCACGGGAGAUUCCGACUGAGCCCAUCCGCGGCCGAGUCGGCAUUCGCCGACUUGACUCUAUACACAAAUGCGGAGAGUUGUCCAAUGUGUGCCUCCGCCAUCCGAUGGUCUGGGUUCCGUGAAUACGUAUAUGGGACAUCCAUUAAUACCCUGAUUGAGAAAGGUUGGGGUCAGAUUCGUGUUGCCUCAAUAGAUAUCUUUCAGGCUUCUUUUGAUUUACCUUAUCAAUCUCGAUUGAUUGGCAAUGUACUCACGAAUGAGACGGAUCCAUAUUUCUUGUGGCAGUAUGAUCCAGGUUAUCCAUGCCCGAAGGGGUGUUCACGUUCGCAGGAUGGGACGAGUUGUAAGAAGUCUACAGGGAAAUAA